GUUUCUUUCAUCAAAAUGGCGUAUUUACGUAUAAGACUCGCGAGAUAGAUCCCAUUUCACGCUUUUCUUGGUCCGAUCUCCAGUAUGAAGAAAUGGAUUCUGAUCGGUGCGACGGUGGCGAUAGUGGGCGUAAUCGCGAGGCAAGGGAAGGGAUGGAGCAAGGAAGCGGCGUUGGAAGCAUUGAAAGAAUGGUCGGAUCGGCUGGGGAUUUGGGCGAUUCCGACGUAUGUAGCGGUUCACACGGUAACCUUAGCUCUAUGCCUUCCUCACGCCGUCUUCUUUGAAGCGGGCGCUUCUAUGCUCUUCGGUUUCCUCCCUGCUCUUCUCUGUGUCUUCUCCGCCAAAGUUCUCGCCGCUUCCUUCUCCUUCUGGAUCGGCAGGUUAGUUUUCAAGAGUUCAAGGAAAGCAACGGCGUGGGCACAUAAUAACAAGUACUUCACUAUUCUCUCAAGAGGAGUUGAGCGAGAUGGUUGGAAGUUUGUUCUACUUGCAAGGUUCUCGCCCAUCCCUUCCUAUGUCAUCAACUACGCCUUAGCAGCCACGCAAGUCCGUUUCCUUGCUGAUUUUAUCCUCCCCACCGUUAUUGGUUGUCUCCCUAUGAUCUUGCAGAACGCUUCUGUUGGUAGCCUCGCUGGUAUGGCUGUUUCUUCAGUAGCCGGAAAAUCAAAAACCCAGGUCUGGGGUUAUGUCUUCCCUCUUCUAGGAGUACUCUCAAGUGUUCUCAUUACAAUGAGGGUCAAAAAGUACUCUGCUGGAAUUACAGUUACAGAGGCAUCCUCUUCUGAAACCGCCCUUGGAUCCAAGAAAAGCGAGUGACGAUGUUACAGAACAUGGUGGUUGCUUUUGAUCUGCCGAUACACCUUUCUGUUUGGCAGCAAUCAGAUUCUCAACACAUGGCUUAGUUUGGGCAAGUAAUCAAUCAGUAUCUUAAAAGGAACAAGAUGUUAGUUUUUGUUUUUCUUAUGUGUAAGCUUUGGACCAAACUCUAUAUUUUCUUGAGUUGAAGUUUAAAAGUUAACAAGACAUAAAACCUCCCUUGAAAUUUGGUAAUUUUGCGUCCCAAAAGCUCCG